AUGCGGCUUAUCUUCAGGAAUUUGUUUCUUGUGUGGGUCUUCUGUUGUUUAAGUAAAAAUGUUUGUUUAAACUCAGCAGCAGACAACUCCUUAGAAGAUACUCUAGAAGACAUCGGCCCCUUUGACUCCUUUGAUUCUCUCAAUACUUCUUCCUCUUCAUCAUCAGCUGCUGCUGCUGCUGCUGAUGUUGAUUCCGAUCUUGAUGACGAUGACGACUUGGAUUUGCAUGCAGGAGCAGACGCAGCUGCAGCAUCAGAUGCUGCUGCAGCAUCAGAUGCUGCUGCAGCAUCAGAUGCUGCUGCAGCAUCAGAUGCUGCUGCAGCAUCAGCUGCUACAGCAGGAGAAGGGGAAGCAGCGCACAGACGCGAAGAGACAGAUGAGCAGCAGGAGAGACGCGAAGUUGCAGAAGCAAUGCAGAAGCUGUCUCCUGAAGAGCUUAAAGAACUAGAAGAAGAAAUAGCAAAAGAGAUGGAGUUGUUUUCAAGAUUAUCAUCUACCACCACAACAACAAAAGCCCCUGGGUUUUUCAAAGAGGCGGCUACUGGAGUGGGUAAUUUCUUUUUAGCUCCUUUUCGUUCUGCUCAUCAAAUGCUGACAAACCCAAAGAAGUCUAUUAGUGCAAAUGAUGGGAGCUUUAUACUUGCAGCAAAAAAAAUAAAUAAUGCAAUAAAAGGAGAAGGAGGGGGCUGGGGUGAAGUAGUUCGAGACAUGUGGAGAAUAGUGACGAUGAACCCAGAUCGUAUGAAAGAAGCAGAGAGAGAAAGGCUUAAAAGUGCAGUUAGUAGAGGCAGCACAGCUAGAAAUAUUAUGAAUUCGGAUGGGGCUGCAGCGCAUGCAUUCGGAGAUAGUUUAAAGACUGCUUGGGAAAUUGAUGAGCUGACAAAACAAAGUGAGCAACAAAAAAAGACAGAAGAACAACAACAAAAAGAAUUCGAACUCAUGCUCGAAAGAUUCGACAACUAA